AUGAGUGCUGUAAUGCCAUUCGGCGUUGCACACUUCGGCACACUCUUGCCACUUCUCGGAUUCGCUGACCCCGACAACUUACGGUGCUAUUCUAACACUUUGGGUAGGGUCAAGGUUCGAACAUUGUUCGACCCGAAACAAGUUAAUUCCAAAGUCCAAACACACCAAAAACACAAACACUUUAGCCCCAAACACAAACAGUCGAACACAAGCACUGUAGCACAUACCUCGUCGGCUCCGCCUUCUUCUCCGACGAGUGCGCCUUCUCGUGGAGUCCGCUGCCGCCCUCUGAUCGACGCGCCUCCGCCUCGCCCUCGCUGUCGCCACCCCUCGCCUCCGCCUCGCCAACGCCGGAACCCUUGCCGCCGCGUGCGGCCGACCAUCGUCGACAGCUCGGGGACUGGGUUCGCUCGGCGAUCAUGGCGCUCGCUUCUCGCCUCGUUUCCAAGUCCCGGCAGUGUCUUUGCUUUCUGGAACACACGAGCGGCGAGCCUGUUUUUUAGUGGUAGGCUAGGCUUCAUUAUGGCGGAUUCUGGUGAGGCUAAGCAGGCUGAACCAGGAAAUUUGGAGGAGACAAUGUGUAGCUUUUUCAGGAAGCCAUCAAGAAAUAAGAAUAUCAGGAAGCGGAUGGUUGAAGAAGACAAUGAUGAAGAUUCCAAGACGGAGAGUUCAGUGUUACAUAAUCAGAAGAAACCUCAAAGGACAGGCAAUAAGCUGUAUUUUUCAACUGGAUCCUCCAAGAGCUCUGUGUCUACAGAAUCAACCUUUGAUUCUGAUAAGCAGAUCCUGAAGAAAGGAGAAGAUUGCAUAUUUUACUCUAGAAAGUAAAACCCUUUUCAACACAUUUACCGAGCUCACCAUACCUUAUGAAUUCGUGGGCAUUGGCAAGAAGUGCAGCUUUUCUUAUUUCCAAUUCUCUAGCAUCUUCUUUUCCAAUUGUAUGAAUGUAUUUCUUAAACAUUUA